AUUGAUUUUAAAUGAUUGCCGUCAGGAUUGGCUUGGGUAUCCUGUGCAUCUUGUAACGAAGCAGCACUUUAAAUACAGGUGUGUUUUGUUGCACCUCAGCAUGGCUGUGGUCAUCCGUUUGCAGGGUCUCCCCAUUGUGGCUGGGACUAUGGACAUACGUCAUUUCUUCUCUGGAUUGACCAUCCCGGAUGGUGGUGUGCAUAUUGUAGGGGGUGAACACGGUGAGGCUUUUAUCGUGUUCGCCACAGAUGAAGAUGCAAGGCUUGGAAUGAUGCGCACAGGGGGCUCGAUCAAAGGUUCCAAGGUGUCUCUGUUACUGAGUAGCAAAACAGAAAUGCAAAACAUGAUUGAGCUGAGCCGUAGGCGCUUUGAAACCGGCAGUGCAGAGGUUGCCACAGGAAAUGGCAGUAGGCCGGGUCCACCAGUUAGUACUGGUGGAAGUGGAAGGGGCAACUUGGCAACCACAGCCCAAGGUUUUAGUAACACAACUCAGACUACAGCCACCACAGCAGUGUCAACACACGAGGCUGUAAGCAACAAGACUGUCCCUACCUUUUCGACCACUACCAUGGGAAAUAUGCCCCCAAACUUUAAUAAUUUUAGCAGCCCAAGUCUUAGUUUGGGAUCAACAAUGACAACAGCAAUGUCAUCCUUGAACUCUGUACCUCCCCCAAUACCUCCCUUGCCCACCAUGCCAACUCUACCACCGAUGCCCCCCAUGCCAGGACCCCCACCAGUAUCCACAUUACCACCGGUACCUGCUGUUAAUCCGCUAACGUCAGUGCCUCCGGUCCCUCCCAUUGCACACAUGACGCACAUGUCUGGGCUUCCUCCAUUCAAUCCUGGUGUCCCUCCCCCAGUCGGCCCUUUAUCUGGUGGUAUAGCUGCCUCUGGUCCACUGUCUCUCGGAAAUCACAAUCCAAUGUUCCUGAAUCACCUAAACCCCCAUAACCUCCAAUCUCACAUGAAAUCAGCACCGACAAACCCAGAUGAGUUUUACGUUCAUCUACACGGCCUUCCUUUUUCAGUCACUGAAUGUGAAGUCAGAGAUUUCUUCCAGGGACUUGGGAUUGAGUCCGUUCGUUUGCUCAAAGACCACCUGGGUAGAAACAGCGGCAGGGCAUUGGUUAAGUUCUUCUCGCCCCAAGAGUCUUUUGAAGCUCUGAAAAGAAAUGCUGGAAUGAUUGGCCAAAGAUACGUUGAAGUUUCUCCAGCUACAGAGCGACAGUGGAGAGAGAGUGCGGGACAGUCUAAAGCAAGUGGUGACUCCGAACACAAUCGCCAUCGUCGCAGAAGUGCCAAUUCGCCACCACCCUCUGGUCGCGAGCGAGCCAGAUCCCGAUCUCCCCACAAACUAGAAUUCUGUGUGUAUUUGAAAGGACUCCCGUAUGAAGCCGAAAACAAGCAGAUCUUUGAGUUUUUCAAAAAUCUUGACAUUGUUGAAGAUAGCAUUUACAUUGCGUACGGUCCCAAUGGCAGGGCAACCGGUGAGGGAUUUGUGGAGUUUAGGAAUGAAAAUGACUACAAAGUUGCUCUCGGAUGCCAUAUGCAGUACAUGGGUAGUCGGUUUAUUCAGGUGCAUCCGAUCACAAAGAAAAACAUGUAUGAAAAGAUAGACACCAUUCGCAAACGAAUGCAGGGUUCCCAGGGCGAUCAGAAGAAUAGCUCGGGAGGAGGAAAGAGUGCCAAGAAUUGUGCUCACAUAACCAAUAUUCCUUAUAACGUGACGAAAAAAGAUGUCCGUCUUUUUCUUGAUGGCAUUCAGUUGUUUGAGGAAAGUCUUAAGGUCCUAGUUGACGCAAAUGGUAAUGGUCUUGGCCAGGCUAUUGUGCAGUUCAAGUCUGACGAGGAUGCACUGAAAGCAGAGAGACUCCAUAGGCAAAAAUUGAAUGGCAGGGAUGCUUUUGUCCAUUUGGUAACAUUCGAUCAGAUGAAGGAAGUUGAGAGAAAUCCUCCUCCACAAGCAAAGAGAGGCCAGAAAUCCCUAGGAAAUUCUCAUGCCCAUUCUCAUGCACAUGCGCAGCCCCAGGCCCAAGUUCCCCAGGUGCCUCAUGCUUUUCCAGGAAUGACAGGCGACGAGUUUAGUUUUCUGAGAAAUGCUGUAGGGACCCUUGGCAACGGUCCCCCUUUUGUCAACCCGUUCGUUGCCCCAGGUAACGGACUGGCAGGUCCACCGCCUUUGCCGCCACUUGGUGCUGCUUUGGGUGAUGUCUCGCUAGGCCUUCCCCCACCAAUGGUUGGAGGACCCCUUCCCGGUCCUGUUCUAGAGCACCCUGGUUUCAGACCCAGUGCACCUUCUGGCUUUGGUGCACCAGAGCCAUUAAGGGGCAUCCCAUCAUUUGAUAAUGGAUCUUCUCGUAAAGCCAUCGGCCAAAAUCAUGGAGGGAUCCAAGGUCAGAGGCCAGCUUCUGAGAGUCUUAGAGGACCUUCCAGUGGUCCAGGUAAUUCAAGGCCCACCAUUGUCAAAAUUCAAAACAUGCCCUUUACUGUGACUGUUGAUGAGAUAAUCGAUUUUUUCUAUGGCUAUCAAGUGUUGCCUGGUUCUGUAUGCUUGCAAUUCAGUGAGAAAGGUUUGCCCACUGGGGAAGCGAUGGUUGCUUUUGACUCCCAAGAUGAAGCAAUGGCUGCUGUUAUGGACCUGAAUGAUAGGCCUAUUGGGGCAAGAAAAGUGAAGAUCACUUUGGGAUGAAAACAAUGACUUUGUCAUUGCAAAGUAUGUUUUCUUUUGACACAGUUUUCUGACAAAUUAACUAAACUGGUUGUUUUUAAGUACAUAAGA